GCUCAGUUCCUCUCGGCCUUUUCCAAAUUGCACAUCGGCUCAGUCGAGCUGACUGUGUUUUCGGUUUAAAAUUUAUAGUUUGGAAAGUUCUCGGUUCCGGGGGGUGUUUUUCGGUUUCGGAAUUGCUGUUCUUUAACUCCUUUCCUUGUUGGGUCCAAUUUAUUUCGAGGGUAUUUUUGUCAGCCUCUUAAGCCAAGUAUGUCUAUGUUGCGCAGUGUAGCGACGAGGACUCGGAGCCACCUGCUGCCUCAAUUGAAGGGCGCGGUCAGCCAUCGAGGCUACGCCGAGGACCACAAUCCAUCGCCCAAGUGCGGCGCAGACACUGGGAAGGGAUGCGGAAAGUUCACUGGCUGCGGUGAUCCCCGAUUCGAGAAGAAACCGCCGCCAAAGCAGGAGGACACCUUCCAGUUCCAUCACCUGGUCAAGCAGCCGCCGGAGUGCUGCGACGAUCCCUGCUUUGACCGAUUCCCUCCCUACGACGAGUGCUACUACAAGAUCUCCGACAAGGCCAAGCGCAAGUACCAGGUCACCUGGGUGGAGUGUCCGCCCAUCCAGAUAAAGCCCAAGAAGAUCUGUUGCUUCGAGAAGGCCACCCGUCCGCCGAUCCCGCGGCGCAAGCGCAAGGAGUUCGUGGCGGCCGUGGAGUGUCCCACGGAGAACGUGUGCCCGGUGGCCGAGGGCCUGUGUCCCAAGAUCAGGUUGCCCGGCUGCAAGGCCGUGGAAAAGGUAUCCUGCCACAUUGUAAGGCGGAUUACGGACUGCACCAAGGUCAAGGCCCCGUAUCCCUCCUUCUCGGAGUGCUCUCGCCCGCCGAUGCGCAAGACCCGGGGCAUCGAGUGCCACUGCCUGGAGGUUCCAAGCGCCUGCGACCUCAUCCGUGAGACCAUGAGGACCGAAGGAAAUCCCCGCAAAGGAAACUGCGGCGGCAGCAGGGGCUAGCCUCAUAGGUCUCGUCCGACUCCACGCAUUUUGAAACCAUAUUCAGCACCCAUUACCUUGUUCCGAAACCGAUCCUGUUAAAUUCUUUUAACAUGUGUGAAAUUCCAACUAUUAAUAGACCGAAACGCCGUUA